GUCUGGAGCAAACUGCACACCCCAGUUCAGCAUUCCUCACCUUCUCUAAUUAGCUCUAAUCUAAUCUACUCUGAUUCAAUGAAUUGAGAAUCAGAUGGGAGCAUCAUCGGGUUUGCUAUGAAACUCCAAACAACAAACACAAAAGUCACACAACAUCAUUCAAUCCGAUCCCGCUUACUUGUUCUCUCCAACUGAAACACAACGCUCCUGUGGCCAGCAAUGGCUCCCCCGGCGACAGCAGCAAGCGUUGGGGAAGAAAGAUGACGGCAUUAAUGAUGUCACGGGUUGUGCUAUCUUUUGCAUAUUCUUUUGAGGAUACUUCCAUAUGAGUAAAGUCACAGGUCGUCGUCGUGUUAGAGCACGCAAGCUUUUCGGAAGACGCCAACGAACAGCGACACCCAAAGAUGUCGGGACAUGUUCUCAAACAGCAGCAAACGAAAGCCAACCAUUGAAAAUUCUCUACUUUUAUCGGUGACCAGUCCUCGGCUGCUGUAGCUGACCACAAUGGGAACCACGCCCACCUUCCUCGCCGCCGGCUCUAAUGACGCCGAGACCCUGCUCCAGGACGCCGUCGACGGCGCCGUCGACUACGGGGGCCGUCCCGUCGCGAGAUCCGCCUCCGGCGGGUGGAGAUCCGCCGGUUUCAUCAUCGGCGUGGAAGUGGCCGAGAGAUUCGCGUACUAUGGGAUCGCCUCGAACCUGAUAACGUACUUGACGGGGCCGCUCGGCCAGUCCACGGCGGCGGCGGCGGCGAACGUGAACGCCUGGUCGGGCACGGCGUCGCUCUCGCCUCUGAUCGGGGCUUUCAUCGCCGACUCGUUCCUCGGCCGCUACAGGACCAUCGUCGUUUCUUCCCUCCUCUACAUCUUGGGACUGGGCUUGUUGACUCUCUCGGCCAUGCUUCCUUCUCUUGGUACAUCUGACUGCCAAAGCAACAGUGCUAUUCAAAACUUGCCUUGCUUUCCCCCUCUCUACCAAGUGGCGUUAUUCUUCUUUUCUCUGUAUCUGGUGGCGUUUGCACAAGGAGGACACAAGCCUUGUGUGCAGGCAUUUGGUGCCGAUCAGUUUGACGGGCAAAACCCAGAGGAGUGUAAAGCCAAAAGCUCAUUCUUCAACUGGUGGUACUUUUGCAUGUGCGGGGGAACAUUUGCAACGCUUCUCAUUGUGAACUACAUACAGGACAACCUUAACUGGGGUCUGGGAUUUGGAAUACCUUGCGUUUCUAUGGGAGCUGCUUUAGUUCUUUUCCUGCUUGGCACCAAAACAUACCGCUAUAGCAUCAAAAGUGAUGAGAGAAACCCAUUUUCGAGAAUCGGUUCAGUGUUUGCUACGGCAGCUAGGAACUGGAAAACUACCACAAAGGCAUUAGCUGCUGAUGAAGAAUCUCGUGGAACCUUGCCUUAUGAAGGUUCUGGCCAAUUCAAGUUCCUCAAUAAGGCCUUGCUAUCGCCAGAUGGUUCAAAGGGCGACAGCAAGGUUUGCACUGUUGGUGAGGUGGAAGAAGCAAAGUCAGUAUUAAGGCUCACUCCAAUAUGGGCGACAAGCUUGAUUUACGCUGUAGUAUUUGCCCAGUCCUCAACUUUUUUUACCAAGCAAGGAGUAACUAUGGACCGAUCCAUCACACCUGGAUUCGACGUUCCACCUGCAUCACUACAGUCCUUCAUCAGUCUUUCAGUUGUCAUGUUUAUUCCCAUCUAUGACCGCGUGUUCGUCCCUCUGGCGAGGAGUUUUACUCAAAGACCCUCUGGCAUCACGAUGCUUCAAAGGAUAGGGAUCGGGAUGUUCUUAUCUGCUGUUUCCAUGGCGGUUGCCGCACUAGUUGAGAUAAAAAGGCUCGAAACUGCUCGAGAACAUGGGCUGGUCGAUAUGCCUAAUGUGACGGUUCCAAUGAGUGUGUGGUGGUUGAUCCCUCAGUACGUCUUGUUUGGAAUCUCUGAUGUGUUCACCAUGGUGGGUCUGCAAGAAUUCUUCUAUGAUCAGGUUCCCAGUGAGUUGAGAAGCGUGGGCCUUUCCUUGUACCUCAGUAUUUUCGGUGUUGGCAGCUUUCUCAGCAGCUUUCUCGUGUCUGCCAUAGCGACAGCGACCGGAGGCGACGGGGGAGAUAGCUGGUUCGCUAACAACCUCAAUAAAGCGCAUCUUGAUUACUUUUAUUGGCUUCUGGCCGGGCUAAGUGCAUUUGAAUUGGUCGUCUAUCUGUAUUUUGCUAGAUCUUAUAUCUACAACAGGUCGAGAACAAUAUGAGAUGCUCCGCUCUCACAGCUGUAAUAUUAAAGCUUAGUGUGAUAAUGUACCAUAAUUUGGGGAUGCUUCUGUGAACUUCUGUCCAGAUUUGCAUCCUGUGGAACACUUGAAACCAGAGAGAUGUAAACAAACUCUCAGCUGUCGUAGAUUACAAGCAAAAUUCGAAAAAAUUAUGUACGCAGUGUUAAUUGUUGAUGCUAGAUGUGAUUCAACUCGAAGCCAAUCCAAUGAA